ACCUACAAUCUUCUACUAAUAUUAUUUCCCUGUCACUAUCCUUCAUAUUUUUCAUUUUUUAUUUUUUAUACCAUAGCAAUGCGCGAAUAUUUACGCAACAGAAGAGAAGAAUUGUGAGGAAAGAGAGAUUGUAUACAAUAUGCUGGGGAAAUCUGCCGUCCCACAAAAUUCCUAUGAUACAUCAAGAAUUUCUCUAGGUUCAAGUCGGAUUUAUUAUCUUCAGCUCCCGGGCGAAUGCAAACCAAGUUCAAGAAAUGGCGGAUUUUCAUAUUCAUUUGCUGCUAAACCUCAAAAAAGAGGAAUUUUCUUGUUAAAGGCACAUGCUGCUGCUGCUGCUGAAACGAAUCAGCCGAGAUGGUGGGAAAAGAAUGCUGGACCGAAUAUGAUUGACAUUAAUUCGACACAGGAAUUUGUAGACGCGUUGAGUCAGGCUGGAGAUAGGUUGGUCAUUGUUGAAUUCUUUGGUGCGUGGUGUGCUUCUUGUCGAGCUCUAUUUCCCAAAAUCUGCAGGUUAGCCGACCAACACCCAGAAAUUAUUUUCCUUAAGGUGAACUUUGAUGAGAACAAGCCCCUCUGCAAAAGCCUAAAUAUAAAGGUUCUUCCGUAUUUCCACUUCUAUAAGGGAGCUGAUGGCCUGGUCGAUUCAUUUUCAUGCUCUCUCGCCAAGCUCCAGAAAUUGAAGGAUGCCAUUGCGACUCAUAAUAAGGCUCGUCAUAGCAAUAGCCCCCCGGAUUGUAAUGGUGGCAUUGGUGACGUAUCUGUAUCUCGCGAUGACAAGCAAUUAUGACUUGAAAUUCAAGGUAUAGAGCUUUCAAACUUUUUCUAUCUAUGCAACUUUGUACAUAGUUCUCUGUAAAAGAACUGAAUAUAUGCUUUGGACAUCCGAAUUUCGUGUCUCGUUGACUCUAAUCCGAUUGCUUCUCGUGCCUUGUAAAUGAUGUAAUGUAGACCUCAUUAUGAUAAUACAAGACCCUUUAUUUUAA